AAAACAAAUGAUUACUUAAACCCUUUUUAUAAUCAUUAAAUUAGAGCACAUUCUUUAAAAACCAGUAUAUAUAACUACGAAGAAUGUGAGUCACCAAUUCAAAUCUCUUCGCUAAGCUCAUGAUCUUCUGCUUGAUCUCAAGCUCAUUAUUCUCUUCAUAAACAGACGCCUUUUAAUGUUCUUCAUCAUAUUUUUCCAUCAUAGAAUCAGUUUCUAAAGCUAUAAUUGGUUCAGGUUAGUAAUAAUAAUCCUCCUAAUUAUCUUUUAUUAGUUUGAUAAUAUUUGUUGUCAUUUCUUCAUCAGUUUGUUGUAUAUAAAUCAAUAGUUAAAUUCACUUCGAUUGAACACCUCUAUUAUUAAUCGCACCAAACUUGACAUCAAUUCUUACUGUAAAAACCAGAAAAGUCCAUAAGAAUGUAAGCGAAUCAUAUUAAUGAAAAGACAAGAUUAACAUGCGUGUAAGAGAGAACAUGAACCACCAAAUUGAUUUUUGAAAGUACGAUAAAUAUGUGUGAGAUUUUCUAGAUACAUGAAGAUAUUUUUGUGCAUGUGUGCUCAGAUCUAUAACAUAAGUGGCUACAAAUUGCAGAAUCUAAAUCAAGUACUAGCUGACAAAAGUCAGUAUAUAUAUAUUCUUUUUUUUGUCACAGGUUAUUACAAAGCGAAGUUCCAAGUUCGUUAAUCUUCUUGAGAUCUUGACAUUCCUUGGAAGAUGGAGAAGCUUCUUAAUCCUUACGAAAAGCAAUACAUGAAAAUGGCUAUGCUCAAACAUGAAGAAACUUUCAAGCAACAGGUAAAUGAACUUCAUAGGCUAUAUCAAGUCCAGAAGAUCUUGAUGGAAAACAUGCAGAUCAACAAGGGAAAUAAUGUAAGCUCAGGACUAGAGACUUUCAACAGAACAGUUGACCAUGAGACUGACCGGUUGGCGAGAAGAGAUUCCGGUAGUAAUAAUACAGAUAUUAUGGACGAGAGUGAGAUCGAGCUAACGCUUGGACCUUCACGUUACAGUGGUGAGUUGAUGAGAAUGAACAAGAAGAAUAAGAACUCUUUGCUGGAGAUGAUUGACGGAAAUUUAAAUUCCGAUGGCCGGAGUUUCUGGUCGUCUUCGACAGGGUCAAGCAAUAACAAUCACAACAAUCUUGAAGAACAAGUAAUCCAAGAGAAGUUGAUGAAACAUCAGAAUCAGAAGCAGCCAUGGCUUCGAGCAUUGACCUUGAAUAUUAUUUAAUAGUAAAUAAUAUUCAUAUUAACUAGUAUAUUCUGAAAUAGAUUUGCAUUUUUUUUUCUUUUUCCAAUUUAGUAGCUUUUUUUUUUAACACGCCUCUUAUCAGGUGAUCUUUUUAAGUUUUACAAGGAUUUUCUUCUUUAGUAGGUUUUUUAGUAGUUAUUUUCUAGGUUUAAAUAAAAUCAAUAUGAAUGUCUAACUUUGCUUUUCUUUUUUUUGAAACUAAUGUCUUACUUUGGUUAGGAAGAUAUUAAUUAUUUCUGAGUUCAACAGAAAUGUGCAUUGCCAGACAUUGUCAUAUUCACAUUAUAGUUAUCUAUAUCUACAUAAGGUUCGAUCUUUA